AUGAUGAAAUUUAAAAAGGCCGUUGUCUUUAACGACUACAUAAGACCCGUUUGCCUUCCCACCACCGGCAUGAAUUUUGUAGGAGAAUAUUGUAAAGCAUCCGGCUGGGGAAGAGUGGAAUCAAAUGCCAAACUGGCUAACACGCUACAAGUAGUUCAUAUUAAAGUACUUAGGUGGACGAUAUGCCGCAGCGCUUACUCGUCCAGGUACAGAAUUUCAGUUUCAAAUAAGCACGUCUGCGCGGGAACUUUACAAGGAGGUAAAGGAACGUGCAAGGGAGAUUCGGGCGGUCCCCUCACCUGCGUGAAAAAUCACAGGCAUUACUUGAUCGGAUUGACGUCUUUCGGCUCCAACUGCGCCAAACCCAACUUUCCAGACGUCUAUACAAACGUUGCUGCUUACCUGAACUGGAUUCGAAGUAUAAUGUCUAGAAAUCCGUAA